GUUCCUUACCAUCCGCUCACUUCCAAAAGACUCUUAUCAGUUAUCACUAUUGAAAUGAAUCAAUAACGAGCCCUACGGAGAGGGUGAGAGAGAUGGAAAAGAUGGUCAAUAGGAGCCAUGUGCUAGUAGUUCCACUGCCAGGCGCAGGCCACAUAAAUCCCAUGCUGCAAUUCUCUAGGCGUUUGGUCUCCAAAGGGCUCAAAGUCACCUUCGUAAUCACCGAAUUCAUAUCCAAGUCUAGGCAGCUUGGCUCAUCAAUUGGUUCCAUUCAACUUGAUACCAUAUCAGAUGGCUAUGAUGAUGGAUUUAAUCAAGCUGGUAGCAGGGAACCCUAUCUUUCAAGCCUACAUGAUGUUGGUCCAAAAACCCUAUCAGAUCUCAUCAAGAGAUACCAAACCUCUUCAAUCCCUAUCCAUGCUGUAAUAUACGAGCCUUUCUUGGCUUGGGCUCUGGAUGUGGCAAAGGAUUUCGGGUUAUUUGCAGCUGCUUUUUUUACACAUGCUUGUGCUGUUGAUUACAUUUUUUACAAUGUCUACCAUGAAGUGUUAAGGGUGCCAGUUUCUUCAACCCCUGUGUUGAUUGAGGGAUUACCACUACUGCUUGAGCUUCAAGACUUGCCAACAUUUGUUGUUCUGCCAGAUUCAUACCCUGCUAAUGUUAAGAUGACCAUGAGUCAGUUUGCUAAUUUGGACAAGGCUGAUUGGAUCCUCAUCAACACUUUCUACAAGCUGGAGUGUGAGGUAGUGGAUACAAUGUCAAAAGUUUGUCCAUUAUUGACAAUUGGACCAACAAUCCCAUCAAUAUACUUGGACAAGAGUAUUGAAGAUGAGGAUGACUACGGUAUUAGUCUAUGUGAAAUAGACGCAUCUCUUUCUAUCAAUUGGCUCAGCAGUAAGCCCACUGCAUCAGUUGUAUAUGUGUCUUUUGGUAGCUGUGCUACUCUAAGCAGCAAGCAAAUGGAGGAAAUUGCGUGGGGCUUAAAGAGGAGCAAUUUUCACUUCUUGUGGGUGGUGAUGGAUUCCGAGAAAGAGAAGAUUCCAGAAGGGUUUGUUGAAGAAGUGGAGAAUAAGGGAUUGGUAGUGAAUUGGAGUCCCCAAGUGAAAGUGCUAGCAAAUGAGGCUGUGGGAUGUUUUUUCACACAUUGCGGUUGGAACUCAACAAUCGAGGCAUUGAGCUUGGGUGUGCCAAUGGUGACAAUGCCAGGAUGGAGUGAUCAACAAACGAAUUCUAAACUCGUUGAAGAUGCUUGGAAGGUGGGAGUCAGAGCUAAAGUUGAUGAGCAUGGAAUUGUGAGAAGAGAAGAGAUUGCCCUUUGCAUAAAAGAAGUGAUGGAGGGAGAUACAGGCAGAGAAAUGAAAAUGAAUUCCAAGAAAUGGAAAGAGCUGGCAAUCGAGGCUGCGAGCGAAGGUGGAACUUCUGAUACUAACAUUAAUGAACUGGUAGCUAUGUUGAGAAGCACCAAAUGAUUUAAAUUAUGUCACCUUAUGCACAAUGCAUUUGUAUUUUAUUUUUUUCUAAGAAAUUAGAGUUAGAAAAAUAUUAAUAAUUGAAACUCGUUAAUCCAAAUAAAGUAAAUUACAUAACUGAUGAAGUGAUUUAUCACCCACGAUGGAA